UUUGUACUCACCUGCACGAGCACAGGCGCCUGCCAUGGCGAGUCCAAGCACACAACAACCGCGCCGGGCGCUCGUUCUCUAUGGCUCCGAAACAGGCAAUGCCCAGGAUGUUGCCGAGGAGAUGGGAAGGGUCGUUGAGCGCUUGCGAUUCGAUACCCAAGUUGCUGAGCUGAACGCCAUCGGUCUUAAGCAGUUGCUGCAACACCAACUCGUUCUGAUCUCAAUCUCUACCACGGGCCAGGGUGAGCUGCCAGCCAACAGUCAGGCGUUUUGGAAGGCACUUCGAAGCACUCGACUCCGGCCAGGAUGUCUGCAACAGAUGAGAUUCGCCUCUUUUGGACUUGGCGAUACUUCGUACCCCAAGUUCAACUGGGCGCACCGCAAACUUUACAAUCGUCUCAUUCAGCUUGGAGCACAACCAGUAUGCGAUCGUGGCGAGUCUGACGAACAGCAUCCAGAGGGCAUCGAUGGCUCCUUCCUCUCAUGGUCUGCAGCUCUUCGCCAACGUCUCGUCGAAGAGUAUCCACUCCCAGAAGGUCAAGAUCCGAUACCGGACGAUGUUUUACUAGACCCAAAAUGGGUACUCGACUUCGCAGACAGUACGGCAUCAAAUCCACUUGAUAACGAUACGAAGGUCAUUGCAAAUGGAGAUGCCUCUGAUAUUCCACCCCAAGAUCUUCUCGAUAUUCCGGGUGGCCUCACUGCAACCAUCAGAAGCAACCAGAGGAUAACCCGCACGACUCACUGGCAAGAUGUUCGCCACCUGCAACUCGAUAUUCCAGGCUCGCGUCCCUACGCCCCUGGCGACGUCCUCACCACCUACCCAAAGAACUUCCCUGUCGACGUAGACGAGUUCCUUGCGAUCAUGGACUGGACGUCCCAGGCCGACACGCCCCUCCGUUUCGUCCCCUCCUCACCUUCCACCUCCCUAACUGCCACCUUGCCAAUCUCAAACGUCUCUCAAAACACUACCAUCACACUUCGAAAGCUCUUGACAAACCACCUUGACAUACUCUCCAUCCCUCGUCGCUCCUUCUUCGCCCACCUCGCCCACUACACAACAGAUCCCUUUCACCGUGCACGUCUGUUAGAGUUUACGGACCCGGAAUACAUCGAUGAGCUAUACGACUACACAACGCGCCCGCGGCGUAGUAUCCUCGAAGUGCUGCAAGAGUUCGAGAGUGUGAAGAUCCCCUGGCAAAGGGUGUGCAGUAUCAUACCCGUGCUGCGAGGCCGGCAGUUCAGCAUUGCCAGUGCGAUGAACCCCGAGGCAGACAGCGACGGGAGCAAUGAAGGAAACACAAAGAUCGAGCUACUGAUCGCGAUUGUAAAGUACAAAACAGUCAUCAAGAAGAUAAGACAGGGUGUGUGUACACGGUACAUCUCCUCGCUCACGCCAGGGCAGAAACUCACCGUCACGCUGUCGAAAGGAGGGCUGGGCGUGAGCAGGAGGGAACUCGACAAGCCAGUCGUCAUGAUCGGCCCGGGGACAGGUGUAGCCCCUAUGCGCUCACUCAUCCAACAGCGCAUGCAGUGGCGUAAGGAACCAGUCUCCCCUUCUCCUGAGCAGAAAGUCCCUGCAAAUGACCUACUCUUUUUCGGCUGCAGAAACGCAGAGGCAGAUUACUUCUUCAAACACGAAUGGGCCGCUCUGAAAGAAGUGGGUGUGCCGUUGGACGUUUUCGCUGCAUUUUCGCGUGAUCAGCGACAGAAAGUCUACGUCCAAGACCUCAUUCGCCAGCAACGCGCACUCGUCUAUGCCGCGAUCGUGGAACACGGUGGGAUAGUGUACAUCUGCGGCGCCUCGGGCAAGAUGCCCCAAGCGGUGCGUGAGGCGCUCAUUGAAGUUUUCCAGAGUGAGGGGCAGAUGGAGAGGGAGGGCGCGGAAGCAUAUCUAGCGUCGUUGGAGAAGAGUGGGAGGUAUAGACAGGAGACGUGGUAACGGUACAUUUCACAGGUCGCACGAUAGACGGGAUGGUAGAAGCGGUUUGCAGUGCUUACUAGGAACAGCAUUUAGUAAGGGUUUACAUAGACAAAUCAUGACACCAUGGUUGAGUUUGGAUUCACCGCAUCCAGGA